AUGGACUCAAAUGCCCUUGGUCAAGAAAACCUGCUUAAUGGCUUCGAGUUCGACGUUUUCGAGGCGUCACUCGAUCAAGGGCAGACUCGCAGCGACGAGCCCGACGCGGAUGCCCAAUGCAGCGUCAUCACAGACCGCGGCCGCCAUAGCAAAUACAAGGUACAAGCUCUCCUCAAAACGUGUAUACACGGGGUGUUAGAUGCCACGUCCAAAACGCCUGCGUCCUUGAUCAUUGUCGACUACUUCCUCUCCAAUCUGGAGGAACAGGGGCGCUACAGCUCCGUCACGACCACUUUCGACUUUGAGCCGCAUGUGGAAGACGAGCUGGGCCUUGGAGACGGGCAUGGCAACCCACUCGAUACCCCCAACAUCACGGCGUAUGCCCCGUUUGAGGCUGUGCGCUGGGGCCAGACCACGGCCCAGGAGAGCAGCAAGCACAACUUGGACGCCUCCAUUGAGCCCGAGGUUGAGGGUGCCAAGGCGGGCAAGAUUGGAUAUGCAUACGAGAGUACCACGUCGCAUGAGCAGCGCUACUUUACACAAGGCCUGGCAGGGCGUCACUAUGUGCCCAAGGGCCCGGCUCGUGGCGUCGCCGAUCAAGUUUGGUGGAAUAUGCAACACAACUUCAGUCAGCACAGUGGCGUGCCACCGCAUUUUCGUACGGCAAUCCUGCUAACCAGGCGCUCCGAGGCAGCAGAAAAAAAAUUCAUUGCCCACUUUAAAAUCGCUGUGCGUGGGGGGUUCUGGAUGAAUAUGAGUGCCCUCGUCGACGUCUUCUUACGUCGAAGUGUCCAAGAUAGACCUGUCGUGUUUGAUCCUAGCAUUCGGUUCAUGGGCGAUGAGCUAGAUGGGAUUGAGCCCAAUGCCGACGGUGUAUACGAGCUUGGUCGCCUGGCCGUGGGACGAGAGUUGGUCAAGCUCACCGGCAUCUGGGGACUGUCUCCGUUGCCCAAGGCUUAG